AGUGGUAGUAAUAGAAGUACCCCCCCCUUAGCGGAGAGGCCCUUCGCCGGCUUUACAACCCCGUACUCCUCUAUAAAUUCAACCAAGCAAGAGGGUAGGCUUUUAUUAGCUAUCCAGGCUAUUAAAAAUAGAGAUAUCGGCUCUAUUUCUCUUACUGCGCGUACCUUUAAUGUGCCGCGUACAACUCUCCGCCGCCGAAUUGAUAGAAUACAAUACCGCGCGAAUUCUCGCGCCAAUUACUCUAAAUUAACUAAAAUUGAAGAAAAAUCUCUUAAAAAAUGGGUUCUCUCUAUAGAUUCUCGUGGAUCAGCCCCCCGGCCCUCUAUGGUUCGAGAAAUAGUGGAUCUUAUUCUUUAA